GGUCUGCUGUCAGGAAGCCGUGCCGGUUUCGGGGCUUGGGUCUGCUUGCUCGAAGUCUGGGGGUUGCUGCGAUUUCUUCCCGUUAGGAGGGAUCUGAACCCAGAAAGGCAACUGAAGAGUUAGUAGUGCUCAGCAUCCGUUGCACAGUCCUCAGUCUCCUAGCCAUGGCCACACGACUGAGGCCGGCCUUUAAGAAAUGCAUGGUGAUAGGUGGCUCCGGGUUCCUGGGUCAGCACCUGGUGGAGCGCCUCCUGGAGAAAGGCUACUCAGUCAAUGUGUUUGAUAUCCAGAAAGCCUUUGAGAAUGACCAGGUGCAGUUCUUCUUGGGAGAUCUCUGCAGCAAGGAGGAUCUGCUUCCGGCACUGCAAGGGGUGACUGUGGUAUUCCACUGCGCUUCACCGGCCCCUUCCAGCAACAACCGAGAGCUUUUCUACAAGGUCAAUUACUUAGGGACAAAAGCGGUCAUUGAGGCUUGCAAAGAAGCUGGCGUCCAGAAACUGGUGUUGACCAGCAGUGCCAGCGUCGUCUUCGAGGGCACUGACAUCAAGAACGGAACCGAAGACCUCCCGUAUGCAAAGAAGCCCAUAGACUACUAUACGGAGACCAAGAUUCUGCAGGAGAAGGAAGUUCUGGGUGCCAAUGAUCCAGAGAGGAAUUUCUUCACUGCCGCGAUUCGCCCCCAUGGCAUCUUUGGCCCGCGGGAUCCCCAGCUGGUUCCCAUCCUUGUCCAGGCAGCCCAGGAUGGCAAGAUGAAGUUCAUGAUUGGAGAUGGGAAGAACUUGGUGGAUUUCACAUUUGUGGAAAACGUGGUCCAUGGACACAUACUGGCUGCAGAGCAACUUCAGAGAGACUCUUCCCUCUGUGGAAAGGCGUUCCACAUCACGAAUGAUGAGCCGAUCCCCUUCUGGGAAUUCAUGUCUCGGAUCCUGACAGGCCUGAAUUAUGAAGCUCCCAAGUACCGCAUCCCCUACUGGCUGGCUUACUACCUGGCCCUCCUCCUGUCCCUGAUCGUGUUGCUGCUGAGCCCCCUGGUCACCAUCAACCCCACUUUCACCCCCAUGCGGGUGGCGCUCGCUGGCACGUUUCACUACUACAGCUGCGAGCGAGCCAAGAGGGACAUGGGCUACAAGCCCCUGGUCAGCCUGGACGAAGCCGUGGCAAAAACCGUCAAGAGCUACCCACACCUCCGCCGUGCCAAGUAGCUAUCGAAGGCCUAAGAGUGCAUCAGCAGAAUAUCACCACGCUGGGCCCUUGACUUUUCCUCUGGCCUCUCCUUUGGAGGCCACCAUCUGGAAUGACUUUAUACCGUGAAUUGCCUGUGAUUGAUUUGCCGUGACCAGCAUCUCACAAACUGUGACUACCCCAAUGGAGGUUCAGUUGCCAUAAACCUGCAGCGUGACCAACUACCAGCCUCCCUGCCAUGUCUGGGUGCUUUCCUACUCUGAGUAUCCCUUGCCUUUUCAGAGGGCAGGUAUAGUUUCUGUUUCUUGCACUGUUUGGGGCUGGCACCAUUACUUUCCCUUCCAGAACAAGGUUGCCCUUGGAGCAAAGGGGUGAAUCUGUGCCCAGAUGCCAUCGAUAGGUAUCCAUCUCAUUUUGACGUCAACAACUGCAAGGAAUUCAUUUGGCCUGAAUCAGUAGACUUAUGGCUCAUUCUGCCUGAAACACUGACUCUACAAGAACUUUGCUUGUUAACUAACAGGAUUAACAAGGUUUAUCCACGUAACCGCAACCAAAAGGAAAAUGACUUUGGGUGAGGUCUCCCCAAUAAAAAUC